AUGCAAAAUGCUUCAACUCAGAGGAAUCGACUGUUCAUAGCAGGCGCACCGGGGGGUGGCUCGAUAGCACCUCCUGCUCACGACUUCAUCGCCCAGUGUCUUAAACGCGAUUGGAAGAUGACAUUUCUGGAAGGCUCGACCCUCCAGGAGGUCAUGGACGCAUUCCAUGCUCCUGACUUCGCGGGAGGCGUGGUCACGAUGCCCUAUAAGAAGACUAUCAUUCCCUGUCUGGACCACGUUGACAAUCUCGUUGUUCAGCUUGGUGCUUGCAACCAUGUUUCUGUCACUGAUGAUGGCACUUUGAGCGGGACAAAUACUGACUGGAUUGGGGUCAAAAAGGCUCUCUUACAGGAAGAACGGGCCACGCAUCCCGCGCAAGGGCUCAAGGGGAUGGUUGUCGGAGCGGGCGGCGCAAGUCGAGCGGCAGUGUACGCUCUUACGGAACUAGGAUGCAAGGACGUCUACGUUAUCAACCGCGAUGCCGGCGAGGUUCAAGAGCUUUUCGAAGACGUCCAGAAUUAUGAAUGCCCGAACCGGCCCCACAUUAUUCAUGUUCAAACCGUCCAGCAAGCCCAAACCUUAUCGUGCCCAAACUGGGUCGUGAGCACUGUUCCUGACUUUGAACCCAGAACUCCGGCAGAAAUCCAGGCAAGAUCCGUGUAUACCGAAUUUCUCGCCAAGAAGGAGAGACCACCUCAGGCACGUAUGCUGGACAUGUGCUACCACCCCUUGUUGACGCGCACUCUCCAACUUGCAAAGCAGUAUGGCUGGUUUGCCGUCGAUGGAAUUCAAGUUGUGGGACACCAGCUGAAAGAGCAAUGGAGGCCCUGGACAGGUGAAGAGAUCAACAAACAGCAGGAAGAAGUCGCAUGGAAGAUUUUGAGGGAGAGUGCAUGCUCAGACUCAACAGUUACUCCCGCAAGGGCAGGAGUCUGA